AUGUCGGACGUGAUCGCUGCUUUGGUCCACGCCUCUGAGAAGGCUGCAAAGAUUGCUCGGGCCUGCCGACUGGAGGAGUCCCUCUUCGGACUGCUAAUAGAAGAAAAGAAAGAGGGAGAGAAGAACAAGAAGUUUGUCACUGAUUUUAAGACGCUAGCAGAUGUUCUGGUGCAAGAAGUUAUAAAGCAUGAUGUAGCAAAACAAUUCCCAGGCAUAGAAAAUAACAUCUUUGGAGAAGAAUCAAAUGAAUUUAUGAAUGGACUAGGGGAGAAGAUUCAUGUUAAAGUUUGUGAAACAGAGCAGGAAACGGCAAAGCUUCUCAGUAAAGUCCUUGAUGGCAACAUGGAAGCAGCUGAAGUCCUUGCUCGAUCAGCCCAUCAAAACAUUGUCAUUCCUGACCUGGACACCGGGAAGAUUGAUAUUCCACAGGACCGCUUGGGAGUGUGGGUAGAUCCAAUAGACUCAACUUUUCAGUAUAUAAAAGGGAUUUCUGAUUCCAAACCAAACAAUAACAUUUACAGCCAUGGUCUUCAGUGUGUGACUAUUCUUAUCGGCGUAUAUGACUUGCAUUCUGGAACACCGAUAAUGGGAGUUCUCAAUCAGCCUUUUGCAGUACAGGAUCCAGAAACACAAAGAUGGAGUGGACAGUACUAUUGGGGGAUUUCCUAUGGUACAACCAAUGUUUGUUCUCUCAGGCCACAUAGCAAAAACAGGGAUGUUUCGUCAGAAUCCAACUCCGUGUCUGCACCCCACCAUCUGAAAAAGGGCAGCGCCGCCGAUUUGGAAGAGGAGCAUUUUUCAGCUGUCCUGAGCACAGGGGAAACAGUGUGUGUCAAGACCCUGCUAAAGGGGGCCUGUGGAGAUAAUAUUCACUAUGCAGCCGGAGCUGGCUAUAAGAGCCUUUGUGUUGUGCUUGGAUUUGUAGAUGUAUAUGUGUUCUCAGAAGACACUACCUUCAAAUGGGACUGCUGUUCCCCUCACGCUAUCUUAAAGUCACUGGGCGGAGGAAUGGCUGACCUCAGGGAGUGUCUGAGGAGGAGGCAGGAUGGGAAUCUGGAGGACUGUUCAGAGUUAGUCUACAAUGCACCAGUGCAAGACGCCAAAGGAGCAGAUAGGUGGGCAAAUAAAGGGGGUCUUGUGGCAUAUAGGUCCCGUAAACAUUUGGAUGCUGUCUUAAACCUUCUGUCAGGUAUUUCAGUAUAGAUACAUACAUGUUUGUUGUCUUAAUCGCUUUAUCGUUUUCUAAUGGGCAUUGUACUACAGUAAGUAGAUUAUACUGUUUGCAUCUGUCGUGCUUCUCAAAUCCAGUUCUCACUAACCACGGAGUAUCAGUUCAGGUUUUUGUUUCAGCUUGAUCCUAAUAAAUGUGUUUUGUAGUUUGAAGCACACAGAAUACUUAUUAAAGUUUAUCCAGUCUAAAGCAUGUAAAUCCUGAUUUAUUUAUAUUGGAAAGCAGUGCAGAAUUUAAAGGAAAAUUAAAUGAGAUCCUGGUAAAAACAAAAACCUGGAGUGUAAGUGGUCACUGGCUACUGGAAUUGUGGAGCACUGGACUGCUGUAAAUGUGCCCCUAGUGUAACUGGAAGUGUUGUGUGAUGCACUCCUAUUACAGAGCUCGGGUACCUUGAGUGUUCAUGUUUGUACCUAGCCUCUAAUUAAGAGUUUGAACUUUAUACUUUGCCUCAACCCAUUUUCAGUAUAUAUCAUCCAUAACUAAUAAACAUGCAAUAGUGUUGCAUUUAAUAAAAUAAAUGUAAUAUAUUAAAUGGCAACGUUUUUCACUAUAUUACAGUUGAUCAUGUGACAUGUCAUGUGGUUCAGCUUCUCAGUGGUGCCACCCUGUAUCUCUUGCACAUUGUUACAGUACAAUGAAUUUCUCACAUGAGUUUUUCAAUAUACAUUGAAUGCAUUUUCUCCACUAUGGUUGAUCUUAUUCAUAUAUGAUGCUGGCACGGUAAUUAUCCAUUGAAUAUGAAUGCAUAUAAUCUGUUAGCAUACUCCUUAUUAUUAAACUGUUUUUUUGUGAUUGAAAAUGUAUCUAUAAUGAAGGUGCUGUCACCAUUUUUAUGGCAACAGUCACUUAAAAAUGUAAUCAAUGAGUGUAGCUGUGAUAACAAGAGAAACAAUUUAAAGUGUGUACGAGUUACUAGAGACUGAGUGUAGUUAUAUUGUUUUAAGGACCAAGUUGUUGUUUUUGUUUAUUAUUAUUAUUUAUUAUUAUUAUUAAUAAUAAUAAUAAUAAUAAUAAUAGAUCUGUAGUUAAUCUGUGUAAUGCAAUAUUUGUAUGUACAGCACAUACAAUGCACUUUAAAGACUAAAUUAAAGGUCAAGUCAUGCUCCAGUUUAUCUAUCAGUUUUCAAUUUAUAUCUAUUAGAACGUUUAAGUUAUUUUGUGUGGGAAAUACAGUAUGUAAAUUAAUAAAACAACGACAUAUUAUUUUUAUUGUCAACUGUUUAUAUACUUUACCCGUAUAUUGCAUAUGAAUGGUUCAAUAAAUGGUACUUGUAUUUGAGCAGA